GUUAAAUUUUAAUUCUUUUAUUGAUGUCCAGGGGUAAAAUAUGAAAGUAUUUCAAAAUACGAAUUGAGUUAAAUAUAUUUAACAGUCUUAGUUCAACUAAUUGUACAAUAUCAUAUUUCAAUUUAAAAAAAUAAAAAUGGAUUUAUUUUCUGUCAACACUGAUGAUUUGUUCAUCAUCGAUACUGAUUGUGGAAGUGAUGAUGCUAUAGCCAUAUUACUCGCUCUUAUUAAGUGCCCAUCUCAAGUGAUCGCCUUCACUUGUUGCUAUGGGAAUGCACCCAUCCAUCAAGUGUGUCAAAAUGUAAUGAAAGUUAUGGUUGCCUGUAACCAAAAACAGAUUCCUGUCUACAAAGGUUGUGCUGGGUCUCUCCUAAACACAAACAUACCGUUUGUAGUUCACGGAUCAGAUGGAUUCGGUGAUUGUGGGCAAGAAUUCUCUUCUGGUAAUUUAAAAGAAGAGACAGAUUCAGCAUGUUUCGGUUUGAUUAACCUGACCAAGAAAUAUCCCGGACGGAUUACUUUAAUCGCUUUAGCUCCACUUACAAACUUGGCUAUUACUCACCGCAUUGAUCCAGAAUUUACAAAGCGUCUGAAGUCUAUAGUUUGCAUGGGUGGUAAUUACAGAGGAGUUGGAAAUGUAACUGAAACAGCCGAAUUUAAUUUCUACUGUGAUCCAGUAGCCGCUGACAUAAUUUUGACAGAAUCCAAGUGUCCAAUAACUCUAGUACCUUGGGAAACAACUGAAGAUCAUGGAAUAGAUUGGACUGACUUUGAAAAGUUAUUAAACAAACAAACUAAGACUGCUUAUUUCAUUAAGCGUACUUCUUCAGCAACUAUAGAUUUCUGUCGCAAAGAAGAAUCUCCAACGUACCCAGAUUGCGAUCUAAUGGCUACGGUCGCCGCUUUGUAUCCGGCUUGUGUAAAAAAGACCAUAAAAAGAACCAUUAGAGUAGAAUGCAAAGGGGAGUUCUCCACAGGACUCUGCAUAUGCAGCAAUGUACCACCUGGCUGUGCAACUGAUAAAAAGUCAAUUGAUAUUGUAACAGAAUUUAAUAUACCCAUGUUGACUAAACUUAGGGAAGAUAUAUAUAAUUACAAUACUAUUUAACUUAAUACAUAGUCAAUUAAAAAUUAUGUGUAUUGUUGAUAAUGUAAACUUACAUUACCGUCAAAAGGUAUACAGUUAUGGAUCUCUAA